AUGAGCGUACCUAGCAUAAGUGAUAACGAAACGCAGUCAUCAGAAUACAAUAAGGAAGAGUCGUGUUACGGUAACAAUGAUUCGAUGGUCACCCAACGUCGUCAUCGUACUACCUUUGACAACAUGCAGUUGAAAGAACUAGAGAAAACAUUUGAGAUGACGCACUAUCCAGAUGUGUUUAUCAGAGAGGAACUGGCGACAAAAACCAAUCUACCAGAGACCCGAAUACAGGUGUGGUUCCAAAACAGACGAGCAAAGUGGCGUCGACAUGAAAGAGUCCACAGCCGUACACGAUUCAGACCAUGGCCACUGGAGGCGCAUAGUAUAUCUCAAACCAAUAGCAGAACGAGUACACAGAGCUUGGUAUCCUCAAGCAUGACGGCGUUACGUGUCAGUGAUAUUGAUAGUCCUUUCGACUGGUCAUACGACAUUCAUUAUGUACAUCUGCCGUGCGUCCUUGAAAUAGACGCUUCAUUCAAGUUGGUGAAUGGGAAAUCAGGUGAUUAUCACAACAACUCGGAUCUUAUGUACGCCAUUUAUGAGUCGUUCAAAACGAAGGCAUGUUUGUGA